AUGGUGGUGUCAAGUGGUGAGAGUGGUGGGAUAAACGACUUUGUUUCCUUAACCAAGAUGCAACCACCAAAAAACCUAACAUCUCCACCUUCACUCUCCUCCUCUUCUAAUCCUCCCGGCAGCCUAGUGCCACAACCAAUCCUUCCCUUGGAAAUCGUGGAAGAAAUUCUUUGCAGGCUUCCAGUGAAGCUCCUCUCACAACUCCGCUGUGUAUGCAAGUCCUGGAAUUCGCUAAUUUCUGAUCCCAAGUUUGCCAAAAAGCACCUGCGCUACUCACAUAAGGACUUCACUCGCUUCCACCUCUUGCUAAACUUCAUGAACCCUUCAUGCGAGAAUUAUCUCUUGGACUACUUUCUACCCUCUUCUUUCAAUGAUAUAACCCCUGCCACCACAGAUCUCAGGUAUCCUUUAAUUAAUCAAGAAUAUUUUCUUUCGAUUGCUGGAUCUUGCGACGGAUUUCUCUAUUCCACCAUUGGUCGUUCCUUUAUUGUAUGGAACCCAUCUAUUAAGAAAUUGAAGAUGUUGCCGUCGUUGGAAAUUCCAUCACUAGGUGGUAUAAGUACAAAGAUAAAUCAUGGGUUUGGUUACGAUCAUUUAAGUGAUAGAUACAAGGUGGUUUCAAUUUUUCACUAUAUAUGUGAUGGUGGUCGUCUUAGAAAUCAAGUCCAUGUCCAUACUUUGGGUCCCGAUUCCUGGAGAAGGAUUGAGGAUUUCCCUUAUGACCUUUUGUUAAAUACAUUUGGAAUAUUUGUGAGUGGCACGCUUAAUUGGUUUGCGUUAGCCUCAAAUGAUUCAUGGGCUAUUGUUUCUUUUCAUUUGGGGAAGGAGUCUUAUCAAGAAAUUUCACAGCCUGAUUAUGGAGAUGAAAGUUUAGUUACUAAAGACUUAACGGUAAUAAGAGAUUGCUUGUGUGUCGUUGCUGAUAAGAAGACAGUUUCAGAUAUUUGGCUUAUGAAAGAAUAUGGUAUUCAAGAGUCUUGGACUAAAUUGUUCAGGGUUACUUGUGAAGAUCCUAAAACUCAUCCACUUACUCGGGUAAUUUAUAUUUCUAAGGAUGAUGAACUAUUGCUAGACUACCAGUACAAGGUCGGUGUUUAUAAUCCAAGAAAUGUUACUUUUAAAACUCUUCUUUUUCAAUACGAGGGUUUCAUCACUCCAUGGGUGUAUGUUGAGAGUUUGCUAUCACCUUGUUCUUAA